UCUCUCUCUCUCUGAGCAGCAAUGGAAGAAGGAGAGAAAUCAACGGCAUCAGGAGAAAGCGAGGACGGAGGCCAUCAGAUUCCACCGGGCGUGACCAGAGAAGAAUUCGAGGAGCUGAAGCCCAUCAUCGACACGUGCCAUAAAUACGAUAUGUCUCCAGGCCAAUGCUACUCCCUCCUCGCGCAGCGUAUAUACGCUCCCGUACAUACGGUCUGGUCCUUGGUCCGCCAGUUCGACAAGCCCCAGGUCUACAAGCACUUCAUCAAAAGCUGCUCCAUGAAAGGGCAGGAGAUGACCGUCGGAUGCUUAAGGGAGGUCAACGUCAUCUCCGGGUUACCGGCUAGCACCAGUACGGAGAGGCUGGACCUGCUGGAUGAUGACCGGCACGUAACAGGGUUCAGCAUCAUAGGCGGGGAGCAUCGUCUCAGGCAAUACAGGUCGGUGACGACGUUGAAUGAGUUCGGAGGCGAUGGGAAGAUCUGCACCGUUGUUUUGGAAUCGUACGUCGUGGAUGUGCCCGAGGGGAAUACAGAAGAAGAUACGAGGAUGUUUGCCGAUACGGUGGUGAAGCUGAAUCUACAGAAGCUGGCGUCCGUCGCGGAGGGUAUGGCGAAGGAGGAUCAAAAGGGAGGGUAAAAUGGGAAAAACAGAAAAAACAAUCGACCAGUUGCCGUGUUGGAAUGACCAGAAUGCCCUCUCUCAUCUCUCAAUAUGGGAAACCAUCAGGGGCCAUGUGAUAUGGAUCUUUUUUCCAAUUUAGGCAUUUUGUGGGGAAAAUUCUGUGAACCUGGGGAUAUUGUGGUCAUUUUGAGAAAAUGGGGAGGUGUCUGUAAUUUUCUUUUUUCCUUUCUUUUUUUUUUGUAAUUUUGAUUUUC